CCCAGCAGCGAGAGAGAGAGUACGAUGUUUGGUGUAAUUGUUAAUGGACAUAUGUUAAACCGCCUAUGUUUGGUUGGUUGGAUUCUCAGUCACCGCUUUCCGUUAAUAUUGCGCGUUUUUUUUCCUGUUUUGGGUUUCUUCUUGUUGACCCUCUCUCCCUCCCUCUCUCUCUCUCUGGCUGCUCUUUGGAUUAGAUCCAACUUCGUCGUUUCAGGAGUUCUUAUCCUUCUGUAUUUAUUUAUUUUUUUUUCCCUUCAUUUAUUCUCUCAUUUCUCAAUUCUAAAUCCCAAAUGAGAAUGAGCCUUUUUUCUUUAAACUAAUAAAAGGGAGAAGGAGAGGAGAGGAGAGGAGAGGAGAGGAGAUCAAACUACACUAUAUCUUUCAACCUCUAAUCUUAGCCAUUCUCAAGGGUUUCAAUUUUGUAGCUAAUGGAACAGUUCAAUUUGGUAGCAGAAUCUCAUAUAACUGAGAUAUCAGCUAGAUGGGAUCCAGUUGAGGCACAAAGGCCUAUCAUUGAUGAAGCACCUGUAUUUUAUCCAACUAUUGAGGAGUUUGAGGAUACACUUGGUUACAUAGCAAAAAUUCGAACAAAGGCAGAAUCUUAUGGCAUAUGUAGGAUUGUCCCUCCAUCUUCAUGGAUUCCACCCUGCCCUCUUAAAGAGAAAGAUAUAUGGGAACAUGUUAAAUUUUCUACACGUAUUCAGCAAGUUGACUUGCUUCAGAAUAGGGAACCGAUGAGAAAGAAAAGCAGAGACCGCAAACGAAAACGAAGGAAGCACUCAAGAAUGGGAAGAAGCCAGAGACAUACCAAAUCUGGUUCAGAAGCUAAUGAUGAGAAGUUUGGAUUUCAUUCAGGAUCGGACUUCACACUCGCAGACUUCAAGAGAUAUGCUGAUUUUUUCAAGGAGUGCUACUUUGGGGUAAAGGACGCUAAAGAGGAUUUACACUCUGGUGAAACUCAACAGAAAAAGAGAUGGGACUUCUCUGUGGAGGAUAUUGAAGGUGAAUACUGGCGGAUAGUAGAGCAACCAACAGAUGAGGUUGAGGUAUGCUAUGGGGCUGACUUGGAAACUGGUGCAUUUGGAAGUGGGUUUCCGAAAGCAUCGUCCGGAGUAACCAAAAGUGACUCAUAUCAGUAUGCGAUGUCAGGUUGGAAUCUGAAUAACUUACCACGCCUUCCAGGUUCAGUGCUAUCUUUUGAAGGAAGUGAUAUCUCGGGAGUUCUAGUGCCAUGGCUUUAUGUUGGGAUGUGCUUUUCUUCUUUCUGUUGGCAUGUUGAGGACCAUCACCUCUAUUCAUUAAACUAUCUACACUGGGGUGAUCCAAAGAUAUGGUAUGGAGUACCUGGAAGCCAUGCUUCCACCUUGGAAGAUGCAAUGAGAAAGCAUUUACCUGAUUUAUUUGAAGAACAGCCAAAUUUACUCAAUGAACUGGUCACUCAGUUAUCUCCUUCAGUUCUAAAAUCUGACAGAAUACCAGUAUAUCGAGCUGUUCAACGAUCUGGUGAAUUCAUUCUCACCUUUCCAAGGGCAUACCACUCUGGAUUUAAUUGUGGGUUCAAUUGUGCGGAGGCGGUGAAUGUGGCCCCAGUUGAUUGGUUAGUACAUGGCCAGAAUGCAGUGGAGCUAUAUAGCGAGCAGUGUCGCAAGACAUCAGUUUCCCAUGACAAAUUGUUGUUAGGGUCUGCUUUGGAAGCCAUACAGGCCCUUCGGGAGCUAUACAUUUUUGGAAAGGAAACUCCAAGAAAUUUGAGAUGGCAAGGUCUUUGUGGGAAAGAUGGGGUACUGACCAAUGCAGUUAAGACAAGGGUACGGAUGGAGAAGGAAAGACUAGAUAAUCUUCCCAGUCAUUUGAAGUUGCAAAAAAUGGAAAGAGACUUUGAUGUGAAGAAAGAGAGAGAAUGUUCAUCUUGCUUCUACGACUUACACCUAUCUGCUGCAGGCUGCAAGUGCUCCCCUGACCAAUUCUCAUGUCUGAAACAUGCAAACAAUUUUUGUUCAUGUGAAAUAGAUGGUAGAUUUGUUCUUCUGCGUUAUACGAUGAAUGAGUUAAACACACUGGUUGACGCAUUGGAAGGGGUGGUGGAUUCAGUAAAAGCAUGGGCAUCAGAUACUUCGACAUUUGCCUCUGUUAAUGAGGUUGCUUGUUUAGCUAAGGUAGGUAAUGAUGGUGACACAUAUGGAACCAACUCUCAUGAUCAAAGGGAAAGCUCAUCCUUUUUCCUGGAAACUGGGGAGAAGUUGAACAUAAAUGUUCCUUGCACUUCAUCUAGUCAUGUUUCUUCAGAAGUUAUCCAGCCAGAGUCCCAGCAUGGAGCAUUUAGUUUAAGCACGCAUCACUUCAGUAUAGAUAGUCAUAAUGUUAUCAUAAAUGACAAAGCUGUGGUCAUGAACAGUGAAAGUAAAGUAGGGCAUGGUUUCUCUAUUGAUUUGAAUCUCAAUGUCAUGCUUGAUGAAUAUCAAAGUGGGUUGCUACAUACAUCUGAUAGCUUUAAUAUCAAGGCUAUCACAAAUGUGGAGGAGGUAUCUGUGUCAAACUGUAAACAAGAAAAUGCUCGUAGUUCAGACACAGCAAGAGGACCAGUUCUAAUGCAACAUGAUAGUGACCGUAAUUUAUUGGUUUCACAUGUCCUUUUAAAUGGAGACUAUCCUUCAUGUUCGAGACAUGUUGAGCAUUCUUCUUCAAUUGUUGGAAACAAGUUGUUCGGGGUUGAUCUCUCGUCUCUGCAUCCACAUUCUAAACUGCCAUCUGACAGCUUGUUCGAAAUUGAAAUUAUGGGCGGCCAUCCAAUACAAAAGUUAUACCCUUGUAUUGAGCCUAUUAAUCUUGGGACACUUAUGUUUGGAAGGCUUUGGUGCAGUAAGCAGGCCAUAUUUCCAAAAGGAUAUAGAAGCCGUGUUAAGUUUUUUAACGUGCUCAAUCCAACAAAAAUUUGUAGUUACAUAUCAGAAGUCCUCGAUGCUGGUCUACUUGGGCCUCUGUUUAAGGUUACUUUAGAAGAAUUUCCAAAUGAGACUUUCACAGAUGUCUCAGCGGAGAAAUGCUGGGAUAUGGUGCUCCAGAGACUAAACCAGGAAAUUAUUAGACAGAGCAGCCUAAGGGAACGGGGACUACCCUCUUUGCAACCUUUGCAGAAUAUUAACGGGCUUGAAAUGUUUGGAUUUCUCUCUACACACAUAAUUCUGGCUAUCGAGGCUCUUGAUCUGAAUCAUCAAUGCGUGGAGUACUGGAAUCACAGAUACAUGGUGCCUAUGCCUUUGGGCAGCAAUGGUGAUGCUUAUAAGUACUCAUUGGCAUUGAGUUGCUCUCUAGGAGACACAAAGGAAAAGGAUUUUGGUAUCAAUUUGACUAAAAGGGACCAGAAUAAUCCAUCUGAAGGACGAGGCCAUUGUCUAAUUGAUGAAGAGUUACAGUUAGUACUAUGAGGACUUUUUAAAGAACGCGAGCUCGCAAGAGUAGUACAGAAUAGUGUGUAGAGUAUUCUGCCCGUGAGUCCACGAAGUGCCGAAUGGAGAGUGGCAUUCACACCAUUGAUAGAGGAGAUCCAGAAAUCCUGUAGAUAAAAUAAGGAAGAGAAAUAGGCCCCAUCAUUCUUUUUGGCUCAAGGUAGCUUCUUACUCCAUUUAACCAAAUAGGCAUAUUUUCUUUCAAUGAUCCAUAAAAGGGGAGUGAAAACCUGAGCGUGAGUUGUGCACAAAUAUAGGCAUGUGUUCAUUCAUGACCUUGAUGUAGAGUCCUCUGUAGAUGAUUCAGAAGCUGUCAAAUGAUCACAGUUAUUUUAGAAAAUUUUACCAAGCUUUAUAAAUUACAUAUCCAUUUUACAGUC